GUGAGGAGGGCUCUCCCUGUCAUCGUCACCUCUGUUGCAUUUCUGUGGGACUCAUCUUAAGUCCAAAGUGGGUCUCUUAAACCUCGGUUGUACACCACAGGUCGUGGCCGCCCCGCCACCAUGUAGAUUUUUGAGUGCAAGUGUAUCUGCAAGGACUUCUUGUGAGAAGGAAGUAAGGAUUCUGUGCGCGUGUGUAGCUCAGAAACUCUUUCAUUUUCUUUCUGGAAAAGUCUAUAAAAUGGGACCGAGGGGCAUCAGAUAGCAGUAAGCCUUCCCUCGGGGCCUCGGACGACCGUAACCUGAACAGGGACCACGUCACCACUCAAGAAGUAUUAAGCUGAAGGCAGCAUGGAGCAGUUCGAGCAGCUGUUGACGUGCGCCAUCUGUCUGGAUCGCUACCGAAAUCCGAAGUUGCUGCCAUGCCAGCACUCCUUCUGCAUGGAACCUUGCAUGGACGGCCUGGUGGACUACGUCAGGAGACAGGUGAAGUGUCCGGAAUGUCGGGCGGAACACAGGAUCCCGUACCAGGGCGUGCAGGGCUUCCCGACCAACGUGACGUUGCAGAGGUUCCUGGAGUUGCACAUCGAGAUUACAGGCGAGCUUCCCGACCCGACGAGUGGUCAGGUCAUGGAGAGGUGCAACGUUUGCUCGGAGAAGUCCUACUGCUCCAUGUGCGUCCAUUGCGAGAAGAAGAUUUGUUCCGACUGUAAGGGGGCGCACAUGGACAUUCUGCGCCGUGAAAUUGCGCGCAUCAACAAUCAGGUGCGUCGAGCACUACACCGGUUGCAAGACUCCUUGGCUCUAGUCGAGAAGAACUCCCUUAGCCUGCAACAGAACUGCACCUCGGUCUCAGAAGAGAUUGACGAGAUCUACCGGCGCCUUAACAAAGCUCUCAAGGACCGCACCGAAUUCCUAAGGGGAGAGAUAGAUCGUUACCUCUCCACGGAACUGCGGAAUCUAUCAACACUGAAGGAGAAUCUCGAGCUAGAGAUAUCGAAUAUACAGAGCAAUUGCGAUCUGGCAGACAAACAUAUGACAGAUGCCGUGGAGUGGGAUGAUUGUGAACUCAUGGACGCCAAAGACAUAUUUCUGAAAACGGUUGAAUUCAUCCGGAAUUUUGAGUACGAAAAUUCCGACUAUAAUCGCAAAGUGAGAUUCUCUAUGUCGACCGAUCCAAAUCAGUUGGUUCUGCACGUAGCUGGAUACGGAGAGCUGACAAUCAACAUGCCGCAUCAACCAUUUGUAGGCGUUGGGGGAAGUGGAGGUUCAAUUGUGACUAGUAGUAGCAGUACUGGCCUUCUUCAGCCCCCAGGCGGACCUGGACUGAUGAGGUCCAAAAGCGACCACCGUCUCGCGUCCCAAUUUAGGCAACAGGAAGAGCGAGGUGGAUAUGAUAGAGGAUAUGGAGAUGGCAGUGGAGAUCCCAGUGGUACAUCAGGCCGAGUGUCUCCUCUUGGGGGACGCAAGUUCGGCGAACGCUACCCACAGAAUCGUGGAGGCAAUGACAGGUAUGAACAGCAGCAAUCCCGCUAUGGAAGUCGCUCGGGCGGCGGUGGCGACUACUCCGGAGAGUUCGAAUCACCCUAUGAUAACGACGGCAACAGGCCGCGGUCCAAAUACAGGUCGAGAUUCUCCCGACACCAUGGCGAGAACGCAGAUUCGGACAACGAUACGCAAGGAAACCGGUCAGUCCGCUUCUCCGAAGGCCAUCAUAAGGAGCGAGAGCGGGUGCUGGACACUGAGGACGUGGCUCGGGGGCCGCUAAGCGGCAUCACUCGCCUCUACGAUUCGCCACGUGUCAUGAAACGCCUGCAGGAAUCUGAGCAGCGCGGCAAGAAGAAGGAGACGGUGCAGCCUGCCCCAACGACACAGCAGCAGGUGAAGACCCCACAGCAGGUACCAAAGCGCACGCAGCGCCAAGUUAGCGAGGAGGAUGAAAUCUCCAAGAUAAAGCGAGCCAACAAGUCGGGAACUUCAACAUCUUCAACAACCGAUACCACAACCCCGGCAUCUGCUGAUGUCGGCAGGCCGGUGUCAGAACGGGUCGCUGCCCUGAAGACAACGCGAGACACGUCAUCGGAUGACAGAGACAGCAGCCAACCCUCGUCACCCACAAGCAGGAUGCCGCCCUCCGAUAUAUCGUCACCGAACAGAAAAACGCCAGGAGCUGAGGUGGCAGCAUCCAGCGAUGCCGAGUCAGAUGGCGGGUCCUCAGUCAGUUCUUUGCAACAGACACAACGGAAGACUGCCGGUAAAACUGGUUCCGGAAGCGUUUCUAGAAGAUCUUCCGGUUCCUCCGACGUAGCGGCCCACAAGAAAGCCACGCGCUCCGCUAGCUCUGAUUCCAGCACUUCAUCCGAGUCUUCCGCGGCUUCGUCUUCAGCAGUCAGGAGCUCGGGAACAGCUUUCACGCCCGAUGAACCCAAACAGAAAUUCAAAACUUCUCCGGCCGAGAGUCCGGCUGGUUCCGGUGCAUCCACGCCGAGGACCCGCUUGUCGUCCACCGGUUCCGAUACGCCCAAGAAACCGUUUCAGAGUCGAUUCUUGGCCAACAGGCAAGCAGCCACUGCCGCAGCUGUGGAGAAACCGACCAAAGAGGAAGAGGAAGAGGAAGAUGAAGAAGAGUCGGAAAGUAGCUCGGAGUCUGAGGAAACCGAUUCUGAAGACGAGUCCGCUGAUGAAACCGGUAAAAAGAAACCUGAACCAGCAGUCACUAAUAAAUCCGCGAUGGACAAAUCUGAUAUUGGACCUCUGCUUGCUAGGAGUGCCUUGGCGAGGGACACUUCUGAAGCUGCUCGGAAAAACAGCAAGGACGAAAGCACCACUUCUGGCUACAGUAGGUCACGCUACGGCAGCGGAGCCGACACCUCGCCCAGCAAUUACCGACCGUCGUAUGGAGCCAAGGAUGAACCUUCAGCCACCUCCACAGGAAGCAAGUAUCUCACUCGAAGCCGUGGUUCAGUUGAAGAGGAGAACACGCCGUCCUCUCGCUAUGGGUCAGGGAGCGGAUACACCAGUCGGUUCCUGAACAAGUCCAAGAGUUCUGCUGCCAUGUCUCCGGACGAGGAAGCAGACUCUGGAGGCAGGAAGUACUCCACUACAGACGAAUCUAGCAAAUAUCCAAGUGGCAGGUCAAGGUACGCUGCUCUUAAGGACAGGCGUGCGCGUCUGGCUAAAAGUAGGAGUUCACAUAGCUUUGGCGGUCAUGAAGACGAAGAACCGGAAGAUGGCCGUACGUCACCGACAUCGUCAAUGCCGUCAACAUACCUGGCAUCCAGGUACGGCUCGGGGUCCCAGAGCAGUAACGAACUUGCAAGAAGCAGAUCAACCCACGCGCUGAAAUCGAGAGACAACUCGCCAGACCGUCCCGGAGCAGGCACCGAAAAGGACGGAGCGGCCCUUAGUUCGUGGGCCAGAUAUCUCAAAAACAAGUACGGCAACAAAGCCGGAAACAAGGACGGAGGAGGCUCAGCUAGUGGAGCCUCUUCCUCACCUUCGGCGUCAGCCACAGCUGCUCGACGCCUUUCUUUGGGUCUCCCGUUACGUCACAACUCGACAAGCGUCGAGAGUUCGGAUGACGACCAAAAAAACCCGGGAGGCUCCCCCACUUCCCCUACAACAGCUACAGCGGCGGCAGCAGGUUUCGUGGCAGCGGCCGGUUCCUCCCCUAGGAGCCAGUACCUGCAGAAGCGCCGUCAGCAGUUCAAAAUUGGAAGUCGGGGGAGCGAGCCCGGAUGUUUCACAUGGCCCCGCGGCAUCGCCGUGGGUCCUGACAAUUCUAUAGUAGUCGCGGACUCCUCCAACCACCGCGUUCAAGUCUUCGACCCUAAUGGAAUCUUCGUCAAGGAAUUUGGCAGUUACGGAAAUUCUGAAGGAGAAUUUGACUGUUUGGCCGGUGUGGCAGUUAACAGGAUCGGCCAGUUCAUCAUUGCCGAUCGCUACAAUCACCGCAUCCAGGUGCUGGAUCCAUCAGGCCGUUUCCUGCGAGCAUUCGGGAGCCAGGGCACUGCGGAUGGCCGUUUCAACUACCCAUGGGGCAUAACAACUGACGCCCUUGGGUUCAUCUAUGUCUGCGACAAGGAAAACCAUCGUGUGCAGGUUUUCCAGUCGGAUGGAACAUUUGUCGGUAAAUUCGGGUCGUGUGGAAGUAAGCCCGGCCAGUUAGAGCACCCUCAUUACAUUGCUGUAUCCAGCACUAAUCGGGUCAUCGUGUCCGAUUCCAACAAUCAUCGAAUUCAAAUUUUCGAUGUCAACGGCCGAGUGCUCACCACAUUUGGCAGUGAGGGCUCCGAAGAGGGGCAAUUCAAAUUCCCAAGAGGAGUAGCUGUGGACGACCAAGGAUAUAUAUUCGUGGCAGACUCAGGCAACAAUCGCAUACAGAUCUUCCAUCCAGAUGGGACAUUCCUCCGGGCUUUCGGAUGCUGGGGAUCAGGGGACGGGGAGUUCAAAGGAUUGGAAGGGAUCGCUGUCAUGUCCAAUGGCAAUAUUCUAGUAUGCGACAGAGAGAACCACCGCAUUCAAGUUUUCUAAAUACUCCAGCAGCAAGCAGUUGUCAGUAUUAUAAACAACUGCUUAUUCCUUCUCAACAGGAAGAGGCCCAGCCUGAUUAAUGGAUGUGUGAUCUCAGUUCCAACAGAAACCAUGCCAAGGGUUCAAAAACCAGUGCACCCAAAUCCUGAGAGAAGACCAAAAAUCAACCUAUCACGAUCAUACUAACGAUGAAUGCCUUCCUGAUUAACAUUGAUGUACUAUACUGAGAAAAUAAAACAUUUUUGUAUCUGAUUAUUUCAUGGUCAAUCUAUUUUUCUCUAUUGCAAAAUAUCAAAGCAUUCAUGAAACUGCUUUCAAUGCAAUAAGAAAUCUCAUUAAUUGUUAUGCUUUUACAUGAAAAGAUCUGCUCUGAAAGUAGGUAUAACUAUUUAGUUUUUUAAUAAUGGAUUAUUUCUUCAUGUUUUCCAGUUUUUUCUAAAGGUUUGUUUUUUUCUACUACAAUUCUGAUUUUUACUAAGCAAACUGAUUUUUAUAUAUCACUAGAAACAUAUCCUACUUUUAAACACAACGGCAUAAAAAUUAUUCUUAAUUUGAACCGUAUUCUGCUAAAGUUAAACUGACAUUAAUUGUAAUAUUGUUGAUUGGAUUUGGUAUCCAAAUCUGAUUUAACACUUGAAAAGAAAAAUGAAAUUGAUUAGUUUUUAAAUCUGGGCAAUAAAUAUUAUCAUGAUGUACAACUGUUAAUACACCUGUAAAUCUCAGACUCUGUAAAAUGUAUUUAUGGCUUCUAAGGUUUUGGUCUUCAAGACAUAAUUUAUUUCAGUUUGUAAAAAGUGUGUAUACUUGACUGCUUAUCUUACAUAAUAAAUCAUUAUAAAAUUUAUUCGUAUUUUUCAUGUAUAUAUUAUUAAGAGAAAUACAAA